UUAUUAUUAUUAUUACGAUGCUAUCUUGAAAUUUUCAGCUUACGCUGUUAGACGACGAUACCGCGCUCCUCCUCCUCCUCCUAGUGUUUCUUCUUCUUCUUCUUCUUCUUCUUGGUUGGUUGCUCCUCUCCUCUCCUCUCCUCUGCCCUGCUCUCUGCUAUUAUUUUGAUCUUUGAUUUUUGAUUUAUUCCAAACCCAACAUAUUCCAAAAUUUCUUCCACUUCUUUCCUUCCUCUCAUGAUAUAAUACUUCUUUUCUCCUUCUCCUUAUAAUUGUUGUUGAUAUUAAUUAAAUUAAUUUAAUUAUUUUAUUGAAAGAUCCCCGUUCGUUGGUGGGCUGGCGACUGGCGUUUUUCUUCUUUUCUUCUUCUUCUUCCUAAAUCCUCCCUUCUUUCCUAUUAGUUUUCAAACGCAACGCGACGCAAAUCUGUUCCCAAGAACCAUCCAUCCGUCCAUCGAUUAAUGAACAAAUCAAUCAAUCACUUCACUUGAAACAAAAUCUGCUGGCUGAUUUCUGGGAACACAACAACAAUCAAUCAAUCAGUCAUACAUCACACCGCUUGAUCGGACAUCGGCCCAGUUCAGAUGGGGGACUCGCCAUCCCUCUCCGUCGACGGCGAGGUUUCGCGGCUGCUCGACCAAGCUAAGGAGUUGCAGGAAACCGCCUCCUCUCUCAUCUCUCGCACCUCCCGCGAAGAAGACGACCUGCGCCAGCGCGUUGCCUCCCUCGACUCCCACAUCGCCUCCCUUCGCUCCUCGCUCCGCACUUCCAGAAACUCCGACAAGGUGGAAGAAGAAUUAUUGAAGGCGAGAUACAUACUCAGUGAAGGAGAUGCAGCUGCCUUCCUUCCCAGCAAAUCCCCUGGGAGGUUUUUGAGGAUGUUUUUGGGGCCAAUCAAUGUGAGGGCUAACAGGAAGGAUGUGCAGUUGAAAGUCAAAGAGGAAUACAAUAAUUUCAGGGAUAGAACAGCUUAUAUGUUCCUCUUUUUGCCAUCGCUGCUGCUGAUUUUGAGGACAUGGGUUUGGGAUGGAUGUCUACCUGCAUUACCAGUUCAACUAUACCAGGCAUGGCUGCUUUAUCUCUACACUGGUCUGGCUUUAAGAGAAAACAUAUUGAGAGUGAAUGGAAGUGAUAUUCGCCCAUGGUGGAUUAAACAUCAUUACGGUGCCAUGGCUAUGGCCCUCAUUAGUUUAACUUGGGAGACAAAAAGAGGACCCGAUUGUGCUGAGAAGCAGAGAGGUGUACAACUGUUUUUGAUCUGGGCAAUAAUGCAAGGAUUUGCCAUGAUUCUUCAGAAUAGAUAUCAAAGGCAAAGACUUUAUACACGUAUUGCACUUGGCAAGGCCCGGAGAAUGGACGUUGUUUGGGGAGAAACUGCUGGUGUGGAGGGCCAGCUUCUGCUGUUGUGCCCAAUACUUUUUGUUUUACAGGGUUUUGAAGCAUAUGUUGGGGUAUUGCUGCUCAAGACUGCACUUGCUAGAAUCGGUUCAGAUUGGCAGGUGAUUACAUGCGGAGUUCUUUUAAUAAUGAUGGCUGUGGGGAAUUUUGCCAACACAGUCCAGACCCUCAUAACAAAGUCUAAGGUCAAGGCAAAGAUUAAGAGAGGUAAAAGCAGGCAAGACCUGAGCCAGGGAUCCGAUGACAAGACUUUGUGAUUAGAGAGGAAGGUGAAGGUGAUGCUGCAUGCAAAUAAUAAGAACAAACUUAUACGCACAGUAAACUCAUCUCUCUCCCUUCUUGGAAUUGGUUUUUUGGCGUCUGCACUUAGGCUGCCUGCUGUGGUGGCUCUUAAAUUAUUAUACUCUGAGCUUAGGAAUGUCAGAAUGUUUGCAAAUAUUGGUGAUGCUGUGUUAUUUCUUUCUCAAGUAUUUUACGGUUUAUGUUCA